AUGAGCAAUGUCUCUUCCUCCUCUGUCAUUCGAAUGGCAGCAUCGCUGAGAUUAGAAACACCAUGGCAUCAUGACGAAGAUUCCGCGUCCAGCAAUGAGACAACCGAUCAGCAAAUCACAGUUUCCUUCUCGACUCCAGCAGCAGAGGAACGAUUUACUGCAGUGGAUUCGUCGUCGUUGUUUCAACUUCCCUUUUACAUCUAUGACAAUGAAUUGGACUGGUCAGUCAAUGCCACCUUCAUCCAUAGUGGCCUCAAUCGCGUCGAAUUGCUGCAUCAGAGUGCCUACUUGAAUUUCAAGCAUUCGGAUGACUACUGGCUGCUCCAGCAUGCCAAACAACAUCCCAUGCGAACCCUUGACACAAGCAAGGCAAAACUUUUCCUUGUCCCUACUCUUCUCUCAGCAUGGAAGGUUGGCUACAAAGGGGGGCACAACAAAAACAAGUUCUGUGCCCACAAGGGGAUUUGCAAUAUGCAGUUGCUCCAUCGAGCAGAACAGUUGCUCCAGGAAUCAAAAUGGUACCAACGCAGUCAAGGACGAGAUCAUAUCGUUGUUGAUUCCCAUUGGCGCAAGCACUGGGACAAGUUGUCCUACUCACAUCUUCUCAAUUGCAAUACCAUCAGCUUUGAACAUCGUAUUCCCACCAUUGGAAAACCCAAACAGUACCAAACCCCCAGAGUACACAUCCCCUCCUUCUACAUAGGGCGGCCCUGUUCUCAUCACACCAACAAGACAAAAGAUUUUGCCAUGAUUGCCACUUUGAAACCCAAUAGCAAGCUUUUUCAAGAUCGAUCUCAUAUAUGUGACUGGCUUCAUGAAGGUCAAAAGCAUCAAAACUACACCGUGGCCCUGUGUGGACGAGGCAAUCAGUGUCCUGCCUUGGGAGAGGCUCGGUUUGGCUUUCAUGCCCGUGGUGACACUUGGGGCUCCAACCGUCUCAUCGACACACUGUUGAGUGGUGCAAUUCCACUCAUCACCAGUCCACAACAGAUCCAAAUACUACCAGAUUUUGUUCCCUGGGAGGAAGUGACAUACCAAGUGGAUGUGGCUAGUGCAGCUGCUUUUGAUGCUUCUCUCCAAUCCAUCUUACAAAAGCCAGAACAAGAGUUGGAAGAGAAGCUAACCAACAUUUCUAAACACCUGGAUAUCUUCAAUCACAAAAAGGGUCGACAGUUCGACCUCUACAUGCACAGAUUUGCGCAGUUACUGGAGUUGUACUGA